UUAGAUGAGCAUAUGCAUCUUCUUUUUCCUGCACUUAUUCGGUUGUUUAAAGUGGACGCUUCAGUAGAAGUAAGAUGUGGUGCAAUCAAAAUUCUUACAAGAUUGAUACCUUGUGUGCAGGUUACUGGACACAUAUCUUCGCUUGUGCAUCACUUGAAGCUUGUCUUGGACGGGAACAAAGAAGAGCUCAGGAAAGCUGUUAUUGCUGCACUUCAUUGCCUAGCUCAUGCUCUUGGAGAGGACUUCACCAUUUUUAUUCCUUCUAUUCACAAGCUUAUGGUUUAACACAGGCUGCAG